AUGAAUAGAUAUGGUGCAGAAUUUAGUGACAUGGAUUAUAAUCGAAAAAGAAAUCUCGAUCGACGUCGUGAAUCUUCUCGUUACGCUGCACGUGAUCGACGUGGAAAAGAAGCUGAUAUAUUCAUGCUUCUCAGAGAGGUCAUACCGCUGGUAGAUGAAGCUACUGUAACCCAUGUAGAUCGAAUUGCUCUUCUUCGCGUAGCGUCAAUUUUAUGCCGUUUGAAAAAAUGUAUUGCUAAAUGUUUAAAACCAAGUCAAACUAUUGAGGAAGGCUGUUUAUGGAAUGAAACAACUCUUUUGGAGUGCUUGGAUGGUUUUCUUGCUAUUAUUGGUUCCGAUGGAAUUAUUUUGUACAUAAGUGAGAGUGUUUCCAUAUAUUUGGGCCUCACACAAACAGAUCUUACGGGACGAUCUUUGAAGGAUUUCGUACAUGCGAAUGAUUAUGAUGAGUUCAAUAGGUGUUAUCUUGAUGGAAAUAAUAAUAACAAUAAUAACGAUGCAUUGAUCUGCUUAAGAAUGAAGUCUGUUAUAAGUCCUCGAGGCAGAAAUCUUAAUCUCAAAAGUGCUUUAUACAAGGUUUUCAUUAACGAACUUAUUUUCGAUCAGAUUUCACAGAUUCGAUCUAUGAAUGAUUCUUUUUUUGAAAGUAAAAAUAUAGAAUAA